UUUGAUAUGUAUAUAUGCCUGUGUGUGUGUGUGUGUGUGUGUGUGUGUGUGUGUGUAAAUAUCUCGGGUUUGUUUUUGAUCUUUCCAUUAUACUCACAAUCAUUUGAUGUACUCUCAUUGUUUUCAAUAUAAAACCCACACAUCCCUUUGCAUAGCAUAGGAGAUUUUCCUUGUACAUACACAGACCUAUUUUUAGAUCUUAAAAACUCAAUGACAUGUCUUUGCUUCCAUGGAUGCCUCCCCUGCUUAGAUUGCUCUGUCCACUCUCCUGCCUGUUGCCUGGCCAACUCUUCCCUGUCCUGCAAAACUGAUUCUACAAUCUACUUUCCCUGACCAAAUUCUCACACUUCCUCCACUCCUUUGUAUUUGGUCUCUCUGUUCCCACAGAACCUAUACUUCUCUGCACUGUCAUUGGUCACAUUUCCAAUAUAAAAUCUUGAAUGACUUGAUGGAACCAGUAAUUAAAGAAGGUUGUCUUGCUAAAGGAGAGGGAAAAUUGGGGACUUGCAGGCCACACAGAGGUAACUGUACUGAGAUGGUCAUGAAGGGGCUGUGAAAGCAGUGGUGUGUAACGAGGAGAGAAUGUGUGAGGGAUGUCACUGAUUGGAGGUGGGGAAUGGGAGAGGACAUUCAGAUGAAAAUGAUUAUUAUGUGGUAAGCUCAGUAUCAAGACAGAAUUUUGCACCACUCACCUGUUUGAUUGUGACUAGGAAGGAUGGAGGAAUUCAUGUUUGAUCAUGCUGAUCAUGUUUUGAGCUGAGGAUAGGGCCUGUCUAGCAGGCAUUUAGAGGGUGUUCAGGAGGGAGGAUGUGUGGCUGGAUCUACAGAUUAGGAUCAUGGUUUCACUGUGUCACAGAAAUACUGUGUUGAAUUAAUAGGGUGGAGGGCUCUGAAGACUAUGCUGGUGUUUGGAUGAACUUGCUAGAGUGAGAACAUGCACAAUUAAGGACAGGCCCAGGAACAGGAAUUGGACAAGGGGUAAGCCACUACAAAGAGGGACAGGUGAGGAUGUGCUAGGGACUUGUAUUCUGGAUACUCACCCUCAUUGUUUUCAUUUUAGCCCUACUUAUCUCAGAUUGGUGUAUGAGAAGAGAUGCUCUAGAAUCUCUCCUUUAAUCUCUGCCAGAGAGCAGCUUGGAUGAUCCCUAUGGAAAUGGUUGCUCUAGAAAACCAAACUAUUACAGAAUUUGUCCUCCUUGGUUUCCAUGACAUAGCUGAGCUGCAUCUCCUUUUCUUUACUGUGUUCACUGUCAUCUACGUCUCCACUGUCAUGGGGAAUGUGCUAAUCAUUGUGGUGGUGGUUAGCUCACAGAGGCUCCACACACCCAUGUAUUUCUUCCUGGCUAACCUGUCCUUCCUGGAGAUCUUCUACACCUCCACAGUGGUGCCAAAAAUGCUGCAGAGCUUCUUGCAGGAGGCAGCCAUCUCUGUGGCUGGAUGCCUGCUCCAGUUCUUUAUCUUUGGUUCUCUAGCUACAGCUGAAUGCUUCAUGCUGGCUGUCAUGGCCUAUGAUCGAUACCUGGCGAUCUGCUAUCCACUCCACUAUCCCCUUCUGAUGGGGCCCAGAGGGUGCUUGGGGCUGGUGCUCAUAGCUUGGCUCUCUGGUUUCAUGGUGGAUGGAUUGGUUGUGGCUCUAAUGGGACAACUGAGGUUCUGUGGCCCCAGCCAGAUUGACCACUUUUACUGUGACUUUAUGCCUUUGAUGGACCUGGCCUGCUCAGAUCCCAGCAUUGCCCAGAUGACAACAUUCGUUCUCUCUGUGGUCUGCCUCACUAUCCCCUUUGGACUGAUUCUGACAUCCUAUGCCCGGAUUGUGGUAGUUGUGCUAAGAGUCCCUGCAGGGGCCCAGAGGCAGAGGGCUUUCUCCACUUGUUCCUCCCACCUGGCAGUAGUGUCCACCUUCUAUGGAACUCUCAUGGUCUUGUACAUUGCACCCUCUGCCAUCCACUCCCCACUCCUCUCCAAGGUCUUUGCUCUGCUCUACACUGUGGUCACCCCUCUUCUCAAUCCUGUGAUCUACACCCUGAGGAAUAAGGAGAUUCAUCAUGCACUGCAGAGGCUUCUAUGUAUUAAGCACACUGAAACACCUGAUUGAAGGAGGAUGGUGGUGAAUAUUUUAUUUGGACUUUGGAUGUCUCCA